UGGGGCUGGGUGCAGAGGGGCAGUUCCUCUUUCCUUCCCAAGUGCGGAGGAGGCCCCAGCUCCCAAGGGGCUGAGAAGCUGGAGCAUUGGUGAGAGGGGAGGAGCUGAGCCAGACUCUUACAAGACCCCCGCCCCCACAAGGAAGCAUGAACAGGAAAGACAGCAAGAGGAAGUCCCACCAGGAAUGCUCAGGGAAUACAGGAGGGCGGGACCGGCCCCGGCAGGCCCGGCGCCACAAGACAUGCCCCAGCCCUCGGGAAAUCAGCAAGGUCAUGGCCUCCAUGGCUCUGGGCAUGCUGAAUGAGGGCUGCAGCGAGGACGAGCUGCUGGAGAAAUGCAUUCAGUCCUUCGACUCAGCUGGCAGCCUGUGCCGCAGGGACCACGUUCUCAACAUGGUGCUCGCCAUGCACAGUUGGGUGCUGCCUUCCGCGCACCUUGCUGCCCGUCUGCUGACCUUGUACCAGGAGGCCUCAGGGAACACGCAGGAGCUGAGGCGGCUGCAGAUCUGUCACCUGGUCAGGUACUGGCUGACCCAGCACCCUGAGACGGUGCACCAGGAGCCCCAGUUAGAAGAAGUUAUAGGUCGCUUCUGGGCCAUGGUAGAGCAGCAAGGCAGCCCGGCCCAGAGGAGCCUGGGAGACCAUUCCAACCUCCUGAGCCCGGGUGGCCCCGGCCCCCCAACCCCCAUGAGCAGCCCAGGCCUGGGCAAAAAGCGCAAAGUGUCCUUGCUAUUCGACCACCUGGAGACAGGGGAGCUGGCUCAGCACCUCACUUACCUAGAGUUCCAGUCGUUCCAGGCUAUCACGCCCCAGGACCUGCGGGGCUACGUUUUGCAGGGCUCCGUGCGGGGCUGCCCGGCCCUGGAGGGCUCCGUCGGGCUCAGCAACAGCGUGUCCCGCUGGGUGCAGGUCAUGGUGCUGAGCCGCCCGGGGCCGGCCCAGCGCGCGCAGGUGCUGGACAAGUUCAUCCACGUGGCACAGAGCCUCCGCCAGCUGCAUAAUUUCAACACGCUGAUGGCGGUCACCGGGGGCCUGUGUCACAGUGCCAUCUCCAGACUCAAGGACUCCUAUGCCCACCUGAGCCCUGACAGCACCAAGGCCCUGCUGGAGCUGACUGAGCUCCUCGCCGCCCACAACAACUACGCUCGGUACCGCCGCGCCUGGGCCAGCUGCUCAGGCUUCCGGCUGCCCCUCCUGGGCGUGCACCUCAAGGACCUGGUGUCCCUGCACGAGGCCCAGCCCGACAGGCUGCCCGACGGCCGCCUGCACCUGCCGAAGCUCAACAGCCUGUACCUGCGGCUGCAGGAGCUGGCAGCCCUCCAGAGGCAGCACCCGCCCUGCAGCGCCAGCCAGGACCUGCUGCAUCUGCUCACGCUUUCCCUGGAUCUCUUCUACACGGAGGACGAGAUCUACGAGCUUUCUUACGCCCGGGAGCCCCGCUGUCCCAAAAGUCUGCCCCCCUCCCCCUUUAAGGCGCCCCUGGUGGUGGAGUGGGCCCCUGGCGUGACGGCCAAGCCCGACAGGGUCACCCUGGGCCGGCACGUGGAGCAGCUGGUGGAGUCCGUGUUCAAGAACUACGACUCUGAAGGCCGAGGCACCAUCUCCCAGGAGGACUUUGAGCGCCUCUCCGGCAACUUCCCCUUCGCCUGCCAUGGGCUUCACCCACCCCCCUGCCAGGGGAGUGGCUCCUUCAGCCGAGAGGAGCUGACGGAGUACCUGCUCCGGGCCAGCGCCAUCUGCUCCAAGCUGGGCCUGGCCUUCCUGCACACCUUCCACGAGGUCACCUUCCGCAAGCCCGCCUUCUGCAACAGCUGCAGCGGCUUCCUCUGGGGUGUCACCAAGCACGGCUACCGCUGUCAGGACUGUGGGCUGUGUUGCCACAAACACUGCCGAGACCAGGUGAAGAUAGAGUGUAAGAAGAGGCCAGGGGCCAAGGGUGACGCCAGCCCACCAGACGCCCCUGUCCCGCCUGCACCAGCUCCCCACGCCAGCUGGGCAGGCUCCGAGGACAAGCUCUCCUACACACUGUCCCUGGAGCCAGAGACGGGGGGCCACCUUCGCCAUGCGUGGACCCAGACGGAGCCCCCACACCCUUCCCGGGAACCAGAGCCGGUCCCCCUCCCAGCGACGGCCUCGCCACCCGCCCAGUCCUCCAAGCCGGACUCCUAGACACGGCCUUGGUCUCUUCUCUCUCCCCUCCCCCGGUCAGUCCCGAGUCCUGUCACUGGGCCUCCAGCAGAACCCCCACGGGCAUCGCCGGCUCCCCAUCCCUGUGCCUUCGUGGGAGAACCAUGGUCUC